AUGGCGCAGCUGGAGGUGUCCGCCACUGACUACCUCCUGCACGAGGGCACGGUGUGCUACAAUUUUCGGGUCCGCUUUGGCCGUGACACGGCGUGGGUGGUGAGUAGGUCCUACGACGACUUCGCGGAGCUGCAAGUUGUGCUUGAGAAGCACUACGGCGCUGUCAACCUGCCACACCUGACCAGGCCGGUGCGGCCGUGGGCGCGCAACACUGCCGCGACGGCGGCGGCGCGGCUUCCCAAGCUGGGAGCGUACCUUAACGAGGCCCUUGUGGCCGCGACGUUUUGGUCCCCCCCACUCUACAACCUGCAGCUGCCGGACCCCGACGGCGGGACGGAGCCCGUGCAUCUCAACAAGUUUCUAUGCAUCUUUCUAGAGGUGCCGGAGCACACCGCAAAAAUUGUAUCGCAAUGCCCGACGCCGCCGCCGCUUGGCGCGACGACUGCUGCCCACGCAUCGAGCACCCACUUGAAAGCUCUUCCAGAGGCCGUGCUGGCAACCUCACCACCACCAUCACCAUCACCACCACCACCAACAACAACAACGGCAACUGGAGGGGGAAGAAAAGGUGAGGUUGGGAUGUUUGCCACUCUUGCCUCUUCGCUACCGCUGCUUGCUGGCGGAACGAGGGCUCUCUCCACACCCCGUCCAGUAGCUGGUGGGGACGCCGUAUCACACGAGUCGACGUUAACAACGUCGGAGCCGCUGACUUUGCCCGCUAGUUCUGCGGGGACGCUGGAGGGGAUGACGCAUUCGUCCAUGAGGAAUGUCCAUCGCGACGACUCCAGGGAGUUGGUCUUGGCCGCUGAGGCCUCCACCAUCACGUCUAAGAUAACGGUCACCGUGAAGGACUUUAGCAUUCUUGAGCGGGAUCACAUUGAGUACUUUCUUCAUGUAUCUAUCUUCGGCUACCACUGGGUUGUCACGAAGCGCUAUAGGCAGUUUCACGAGCUGCACGACAACCUUGUGCAAAUGUACGGGGCAAGCGCUGUCCCAGUGCUUACCCACGGCAGAGUGCCUGCGUGGCGUAAGCUCACUGUGGAGACGGGGGAGGCGCGAAGGAAGGGUCUUAAUCAGUUCCUGCAAAGCGUCGUGGCGAACGUGGACGCCUGGGAGCCACGGGGCCUGUUGACGAACUUUGAACUUUCACUGUCGACGGUGCGAGGAGAGCGGAACAGUUUUACGGUAUACAUCAAUCAGAUCCUCUUUGAGUUUCUUGACUUUGCCACGCAAAUUGACUCGAUGAGCGGGGAUGCGGCUGCGAGAGUCGUAGUGGAGCACCGGGCGAUGCUCCCGGAGUCGGUCAAGGUUGCGUAUGACAAGUGCUCCCUGCAGAAGAAGCAUCUACGGAUGCGUGAGUGCAUCACCAGCAACGCGCAGCGCCUGCACCGUCUCCGCGACGACCAACUGCAGCAGCUGCUGGAUCGUAUGACACUGCUGCAGGACGACCGCGAUAUAAUGCACAUGUUCAAGCAGCUGCUUCUUACAGGUGAGGUGGGGGACGGUACCCAAUCCUCUUUUGCGGACGCCAUUGCCGGCGACUCCACGGUGGAGACCAAAAAGGAGGAAAAUGUGGAGACUGUGGACGCCUGUAGCGCCGUUGUGGGACUAACAACACUGCAGCUGGCAAAGAUAACAGGACAGCUGUUUUUUAACGACAGCAAGAUAGAGGCCAUCCGGCUUUUUGCCGGUGUGCUGGUAGAUGUCGAUGACCUUCAAGACGUGCUUGACACCUUGUGGUUUGGGUGGGAGGAGGCUCGCGUGGAGGUGGAGCAGGCUUUAUCGAGGCGCUGA